AAGGGUUUUAACUGUUUCUGCAGAUUGUUCCAUAUUAAUAGAACACCUUUGUUUAUGAGGUUCAAUACCUGAGAAAUAUUUUGAUGAGAUGGAUAUAGACGGAGAUGCUACUGUAGAAGUCACUCCAGAAGUUCGUCCAACUCGACCUCGUCGAUAUGACAAAUUCAUGUAUGAUUUUACCCAGCAAAGCCUCCCAUCGUGCAAGCCUGUAUUAACUCCUGUAUGGGUCAUUUCAACUUUCUUAUUGAUGGGUAUCAUUUGUAUACCCAUUGGAUUUGUCUCUCUAAGUGCUUCACAAAGUGUCGUGGAAAUUGUUGACAGAUAUGAUAUUGGAUGUAUUCCUGAAACAUUUAGAGGCAAUAAGGUUGAUUAUAUCAAGGACGGUUCAAUUUCUAAAAACUGUUCUCGGUCCAUAGAGGUGCCCAAACAAAUGAAAGCCCCAAUUCAUAUCUAUUACCAGCUUGAUAAUUACUACCAGAACCACCGGCGGUAUGUCAAAAGUAGAAGUGAUAAGCAGCUUUUGUAUGGAUCCAAGCAUACUGAUACAGCCUGUCAACCUGAAGAGUACAGCAAUGGUUUCCCUGUCGUUCCUUGUGGCUUAAUCGCUUGGAGUUUGUUUAACGAUACAUAUAGAUUUUCUAGAAGAGCUGAAGAGUUGAAGGUGAACAGGAAGAAUAUUGCCUGGAAAAGUGAUCGAGAUCACAAAUUUGGUAAGGAGGUGUUUCCCUUCAAUUUCCAGAAUGGAACUCUGAUAGGUGGUGGAAAUCUUGAUCCCAACAUUCCGCUGAGUGACCAAGAGGAUCUCAUUGUAUGGAUGCGGACUGCUGCACUCUCUAGUUUCCGUAAGUUGUAUGGAAGAAUUGAGGAAGAUCUGGAGGCUGGUGAUAUUAUAGAAGUACACUUAUCAAACAACUAUAAUACAUACAGCUUUGGGGGAAAGAAAACACUUGUUCUUUCCACUUCUAGCUGGAUAGGUGGAAAGAAUGACUUCCUAGGGAUGGCUUAUAUUUGUAUUGGCUCUUCCUCCAUAGUCAUGUCUCUCAUUUUCUUGCUGAUUCACCUGAGAACCCCAAGGCCUUAUUUGGAUACGAGUUACCUAUCCUGGAACUGGUAGGGCAUUGAAGCAGAUAAAUGAAGAUUUAAAGGGGAAGCAUAGAAGGGUCAAUGAAGCAUUUCAUCUGCCUGUAACUAACUAACUAACUAAAAAGCUAAAUUCGAAAGAGAUGGGGACAUGAAUGGUGGGUUUGUGUUCUAAAAAACACUUGUCUGGCAAAAAGAUGCGAUUUUAUUAUUCCAUUACUGACUGAUAUAAGAGUCUUAUUGAAAGGGAUGUGAAAUGUCAAGAUACAUACAUAGGAAAAGAAGUGAAAACCGGGAUUAUUACUGUAUGUAGUAUUUGAGAAGAUGAUCAUAUGAUUGAUUUGUGCAUUAUUAUACUUUUAAUGUACCAAAUGUACCUUUAUAAGUUACAACAACUGAAAGCUAUGAUAUAUGUUCUUUAUUAUGUUUAA